CGGCCCUGCGUCUUCCGAGGGCCCCGUCCCUAACUGUGACUCCCAACUUCACCCGUAAUCACGUGGCCCUUAAGGUGCUGGUCCGAACCGGGAAGAGGAGUGACAAGUGGGAGACAACAUGAAGAUUUCUUAGACUACCUCUCUAUGGCUUUCAAAUUUUAGUUGAAAUUCCCUCCAUGGCCUUCUGGAGUCCCUUGGUGUGUCUCCAGAGUAAAUUUCAACUAUUGGACAUUUCAUCCAUGUUGGAGUGGCAAGACAAAGGUGGAACUGACUUGAGGUGAAAAGAAUAGACUUUCAAUAGACUCCACUUUCUAGAAAAUGGGCUUUUCAAUAACUCUGGGCAUCUUCUAAGAUGGGAGGAAUGAACUCUUCAGAAAUGUUGCAUUAGGCAUAACAUACUUUCAAAUUAAGUAGGAAAAGACAACGCAAACAUGGGUGAAAAGAAACCAGAACCUUUGGACUUCGUAAAGGACUUUCAGGAAUACCUGACUCAGCAGACCCACCAUGUGAACAUGAUUUCUGGAUCAGUUAGUGGGGACAAAGAAGCAGAGACUCUUCCGGGAGUUGGGACAGAAGGUGAUCAAAAUGGACUUGAUCAUCCAUCUGUUGAAGUUUCCCUGGAUGAAAACUCAGGAAUGUUAGUAGACGGGUUUGAAAGGACCUUUGAUGGGAAGCUCAAGUGUCGGUACUGCAACUAUGCCAGCAAAGGAACUGCCCGGCUCAUCGAGCAUAUCAGAAUCCACACAGGAGAGAAGCCGCAUAGAUGUCACUUAUGUCCAUUUGCAUCUGCUUAUGAGCGUCAUCUGGAAGCCCACAUGCGGUCCCAUACUGGAGAAAAACCAUACAAAUGUGAAUUAUGCUCCUUCCGCUGCAGUGAUCGAAGUAAUCUGUCUCAUCAUCGGCGGCGCAAGCAUAAAAUGGUACCAAUUAAAGGUACUAGGUCUUCCUUAAGCAGCAAGAAAAUGUGGGGGGUUUUACAGAAGAAAACAAGCAAUCUGGGGUAUAGCAGAAGAGCACUAAUCAACUUAAGUCCACCUUCCAUGGUGGUUCAGAAACCAGACUACCUUAACGAUUUUACUCAUGAAAUCCCAAACAUUCAGACUGACUCCUAUGAAAGUAUGGCGAAAACCACAGCAACUGGUGGCCUGCCAAGGGACCCCCAAGAACUCAUGGUUGACAACCCAUUGAAUCAGCUCUCCACUCUAGCAGGACAGUUGUCUAGCUUGCCACCAGAAAACCAAAACCCUGCCUCCCCCGACGUCGUUCCCUGCCCUGAUGAAAAGCCUUUCCUGAUUCAGCAGCCCCCUGCCCAGGCAGUGGUUUCUGCAGUGUCAGCAAGUAUUCCUCAGAGCUCCUCCCCCACCAGCCCUGAACCUCGGCCACCACACGGUCAGAGGAACUACAGUCCAGUGGCAGGGCCGAGCAGUGAGCCAAGUGCCCACACCAGUACCCCCAGCGUAGGAAACAGCCAGCCAAGCACUCCAGCCCCACCCUUGCCGGUCCAGGACCCCCAGCUCCUGCACCACUGCCAGCACUGUGACAUGUACUUUGCAGACAAUAUCCUUUACACUAUUCAUAUGGGAUGCCAUGGCUAUGAGAAUCCUUUUCAGUGUAAUAUAUGUGGAUGCAAAUGUAAAAAUAAGUAUGAUUUUGCCUGUCAUUUUGCAAGAGGGCAGCAUAACCAACACUGAAAACAGCAUUGUUUCACUUGGUUUGGGGCAAGGAGUUGUAGGUUUUUUUUUUUUUUAGGCCAUUCCUAAUAAGAUGUUAGCUAAUUUAAGGUUUAUACAUUAUAUUUAUAAAAUACAAAUUUGAUAGUGGGAAAAGAUGUUUUUUUCCCCAUAAAAAUCUGGUCAGGGUCACUUAUGUAUUAGAAUAAUUAGACACAUUAAUACCCUUUUUUCUUUUAUUUAGACCUAUGAGAAUUGAAGUACAAUCAUAAUUUGCCAGAUGUUCAUUUGUUCCCCACAUUAUUGUCCAUUAACAUGUCAAGGGUUAUAUUUCAAUAUAUACAUUACAACUAAAUGUUAUUUCUUCCAGAUUUCAAAACAGUAGAAUAAGCUUUUUGUCUUACAAAAUCCAUUACAACCUAUUUCAAUGUUUGUAGAGAAAUUACCCUUAAAAUUGCUCUUAAUUGAAAUUCUAUUUUACUCAUGUCUUUUCAACUGAAAAUAGUAAAAUUGUUUCAGUGUAAUUUUUUUUUUUCACAGAGAGAAAUUUUAAAAAUGUUAAAAUUGAAGUUAUGAAAGCAGGUGAAAGUCCUGAAACAAAAUGAAACUCAAGUCAAUGCUAAGUUGAAAUUGUGUCUGAUAGUUAAAAUUCAUGUUUAUUCUGUGUCUAGUUGAAACACAUUAGUAUUUCAUAGAUUGUUUUUUAUAUUUCUAGUUUAUUUUUUAAGCCACAGCAAAUACACUAGAGUACUAGAUGCCUUUUUUUCGGCUUGAAUUUGUCAUUGAAAUUCUUGAAUGUGGUAUUCUUAGUGUCGGGUAAGAUUGACAACUCCAGUGAGGAUCUUACACUUCUACUCCUUUGAUGACCAAAGAGGUGCAGUGGAAUUCUUCCAUCUUACCAAGAUGCAGUGCUUCAAAACAGUCCCCCAAGUUUCCUUUCCCUGCCUUCUGUCCCAUCACUGUCCCUAAUUUCCAAGAACAGGAGGGCAUAGAAACAUGGGGAAAUGCGGUAGUAAAGAAACAUCCACAAAAUGAGACCAUGAGUCCAAACAGAUAGAUCCUGGUGUCCUCUUCAGAGUUGACCACUUAAAAUAUUUCCUGUGAGUUCUAACUAUAAUUAUUAUUUUUAGUUUUGACAGACAUCAUGUACAGUAAGCAAUUCCAUAUAGAAACAAUUGUUGCAUUAGCAGGACAGAAUACAGAGGUGUGAAAGUGGAUAUAAAGUUCAUUUUUACAUAGGAAGUUGUUUGGCAUUGUAUCAUAAUUAACUUACUCUGAAGAGAGCUUGGUCAAAUCACCAAACAUCAUUGCUUACUUUUGGGUUCUGUGUACUUUGCAAAAACUUUUUUUGGUUAGUAUAUUUAAAUUACUCCUAAUUGGAUUUCUCAAUGAAAAUAUUCUGUGAAGCAUUUAUUAACCAAAAUGACCUGUACUCAUAGUAAGAAAUAAAUAUUGAUGGUGUCUGCCCGUAACAUCCCAAGUGCCAUGCAAAUGAGUCCUCGGCCCUCCCUCCCACACUAAGCCAUGAACAGGAAUGCAGUGCUUGAGUAUUCAGUCUUGAAGCACAGCGCCAAGGUCACUGUCUCCAAAGGGAGCAUGUCAUAUAUGUCACAUCCUGUGACCCUCAGCUGCUACAGUGGUUUGGGUUUGUUAGUUAAUUCACUGGUUAGAGAUUAGUGCAAGUUUCCAAAAGCACAACUUGACUCUAGUACUUACCAGUUGACAGAAAAAAAAAAAAAAAAAAGUUAUUUGGAAGCUUUAACUUUUUUUUUUUCCAAAUAAAAGCAAUACCCCCCAAACAGAAAAUGAAAACUUCCAUGAAAUGCAAAGGAAGAAGUCCAGACUGGUGGUGCAUACCUGCAGUCCCCAGCUGCUUAGAGGGCUGAGGCAGGAAGACCAUUCUAGAGCCCCACCAGUUCCAUGCCAAGCUGGGCCACAAAGCAAGAUACACAUCUGAAAAAGCAAAAACCAAAAACCAUCCCAGAAGAGCUCUCCUUGAAACCAGCUUACUAUACUGGGCCAGACAGUGACCAGUACUUUUUCUUAUUCCUAACAAUUAAAGAUGAAUGUUUUGAAGGUACAUUUCACCUUAAACUAGAAGAAAAAUUCUAAUUUCCAAUAACUUAAGAGCACAGUUGGUAUUCCAAAGGUAUUGAUACUUAAAAGCUACAGAUGUUUCUAAAUGCACUAACAUUUUUGAAGCAAAUCUACCUUAGAAACUUUUUUGAAAUUGUACUUUUAAAAGAUUUCUGAUUUUACUUAAAUGUUCUCAGUUAAAUUCUGUACUAGGAAAGAUGUAGAAUCUUCCCAUACAUAUUGAAUAUGUUCCUCAUUUUAUUUUUAACCAAAUAUUUUAUAGAAGUUGAGAAAGUUUAACAUGCACUAUUUAUAGUACUUUGCUGUUAACAGGCAAUGUUCUGAAGCUAAAUUUAUUUUUGUUCAGUGAACAUGUUUAAAUUUUUUAAAUUGGUAGAUAAUUUAUCUCCACUAAUAUUUUUUUAAGAAACUGUGAAGAUAUUAAUGGAAUAAUUUUAUUUCAAAUUUUACUAAUGUAGUAUAUAGCUACAACUUCUUGAAAUUCAAGUGAAGGCUAGAGUUUUACGUUGAAAAAAAUUCCAUUGGGUAUUUCCAGUGCUGUUUCAUUUUAGAAAUGUUUGACAUUCAUCUGCAGACUUGUUUGACAAAGGGAAUAUUGCUCAAAAAAAAAAAAUCUCAUUUUAAGUUUUGCAAAAAUAUUUAUCAAAAGAAUAUUACAAAAAUUUGAAAUUUCCUGCUUAAGACUUUCAUUAGUCUUAGAGGGUAUAUGCUUUCUAGAACUUGUUUUUGUUAAUAUGUACUUUGAUGUAUAGAACAUUUUGUAUGCAAAGUGUAAACUUGCAUCAUGGUUACAAAAAACAUAUAUUGUUAGGGAUCAGCAAGCAGUUUACUGCUGAAGUGACUAGUAAGUAGUUCAUAUUGUCAAUAAUGCUUUGCUUUUGUAAUGUAUGAAUAAAAAUAACACUUUCUAAUGACCUUGGUUUUUCUUUCUGGAAAACUAGGAUCACAUUUUUUAAAGUAACUUUAUGGUAUGUAAAAAUGUUAAUAAAAGUUUUUAUGGCUA